CCUUAAUAAACAAAUAAAUCUUUGUCACUGUCCGUCCGUCCGUCCGUCCGUCACGCCCCCUCGUCUGUUUGUCCACUUCCUAGUUCCUUCCCCUUUUCUCCACUCUCUGUUUUUCUUUCUUUGCUUCAUUGGAUCUUCUUUUCCUUUUCAAAAGGAAACUACAGAAAGGAGAGAUAUGGAUGACUAUUGACUGCUGACCGAGACCAACCAUCAUGGACUGGGACUGUAACACCCUGGAACAACCACCGCACCAUCAAAAUCAAGAGAAUCACCGACCAAAUGUUGCCGUUACUGUUAAUGGGAAUACUGGAGGAGGAGGAGGGGUAAUGUAUGUCAAGGUAAUGACAGAUGAGCAAUUGGAGACUCUCAGGAAGCAGAUUGCAGUUUAUGCUACUAUUUGUGAGCAACUUGUCGAGAUGCACAAAACCCUCACUGCUCAGCAAGAUCUUGCAGGAGGCAUGCUUGGAAAUCUCUACUGUGACCCGUUGAUGACUUCGUCUGGCCACAAAAUUACUGCUAGGCAGCGUUGGACUCCAACUCCUGUGCAGCUUCAGAUUUUGGAACGUAUCUUUGAUCGAGGAAAUGGAACUCCCAGCAAGCAAAAGAUCAAAGAGAUAACUUCUGAACUCAGUCAGCAUGGCCAAAUUUCUGAAACUAAUGUUUAUAACUGGUUCCAAAACCGGCGUGCUCGAUCAAAAAGGAAGCAACUAGUUGGAGCAUCUAACAACGCUGAAUCAGAAGUGGAGACAGAGGUUGAUUCUCAGAAUGAUAAAAAAACUAAGCCGGAGAUUUUUCAUUCCCAACAGAACCAACCUCUUCAAGCUGAAGAUCUGUGUCUUCAUAGCCCAGAGAUGAGCUCUGAACUUCAUUACUUUGGGAAUGACCACCAGAGUGGAAAGAUGGGAACGUCAGGAAGCUACAAUCUUUAUGAGCAGGCAGAAAACUAUAGCAUGUGAGAGGGGUUGACAUACUGAGAGACACUUCAUAUGCCCUUGUUAGUUUGUAGCAAGAAAUGAUGUUGCUCGGUCAUUUUGAUGAAAAGCAGAGAAAAUUCAUCCCAAUCAAUGGGAACAUACAUGGCUAACACCGAAUAGUUUUAUUUAUGAGUACUUACUGUUGAAUGUUUUACUAAUGAGAUGAUGAUGUGAGAAUGAUCAACCUUGUGUGCCACGGGAAUGUGAUUCUCCUUUCGGCUUGUGUUUAGUACUACUUUUUUUCCCCUUGGGAAGUUUUUGCCUUAUUA